AAUAGAAAUGAUUUGGCAAUCUGCUGUCGUAUGCUCUCUCCUCUUGGGGGCUGAAGCAGUUUCAUUGGAAAAGAGGCUUACAGUUGUGAAUGCUAAACCCAAAGCUGAUGGAACUUGUUAUCUCCACACGAUGGCCAAAGGUGAGUCGUGCUCUUUCUUGAUUGAAAAAUUCAGUAACGUCAAAAGCGUUGCUAACUUGAACACCUGGAACGAAUUAACUCCAACUCCAGACUGGAACGGGUGUUCCAACCUAUUACUUGGUCAACAAGUGUGUGUUUCGGAAGGUGGAUAUCCUAACAAAAAACCAGCCGAAAACAGCGAUGGUUCCUGUCAUUCGUAUACGGUAAAAUCGGGAGAUACUUGCGCUGCUUUGGCAUCAACAUACUACCCUCUCACCACCGAUGAAAUCGAAUCCUACAACUCAGAUACGUUUGGGUGGUACGGGUGUCUGAAGUUGACUAAGGGCCAAAAAAUCUGCUUGAGUGCUGGUACCGCACCAAAACCAACUACGGAUGAGAAUGCACAAUGCGGAGCGACUGCCCCUGGGGAUUUGUACAACACCGAGUGCCCAUUGAACGCUUGCUGUAGUCAGUACGGGUACUGUGGUAUCACCUCCGACUACUGUGCCACCACCACCAGCACCACCGGAGCCCCAGGAACCUUUGGGUGCCAAUCCAACUGUGGAUACGGGUCCUUGCACACCAGUCAAGCCAAAACCUUUAGAAACAUUAUCUACUGGUUGGACAGUACCGGGGACCUCGCUAGUGAUCCCACCCAGUACAGCACUUCCGAUUACGAUACGAUGCACUAUGCGUUUGUGAACAUCAACCUGGACUUGACCAUCGACACCAGCAAAUUGGCUGUCAGUGAUUUCUUGAAGGUGUCCCAGAAGAAGGUGGUGAGUUUUGGUGGCUGGGACUUCAGUACUUCCACUUCCACCUACGAAAUCUUCAGAAACAUCGUGUCUACUUCCACCUCCAGACUGAAUUUUGCCAGCCAGGUGGUGCAAUUGAUUAGCGACUACGAUUUGGAUGGGGUGGAUUUAGACUGGGAAUACCCUGCUGAAACUGGAAUCGCAGAUAUCCCCGAUGAUUAUAGUGGUAAUGGAAAGAAAUUCCUUUCGUUGAUUAAAACCAUAAAGGGGUCGUUGCCUUCGGGAAAGACCCUUUCGGUUGCAAUUCCUGCCACCUACAACUACUUAAAGAACUACCCAGUUGCAGACAUGCAAAGUUACGUGGAUUACUUUGUUUUUAUGACUUAUGAUCUUCAUGGAACAUGGGAUGACAGUACUACUACUGGGGUGCAAUGCCAUACUGACUUGACUGCAAUCAGCGAUGCCAUGUUGAUGCUUGACAAGGCAGGUGUUAAGAUGUGGAAAUUGGUGGGGGGAAUUGCAACUUACGGCCAUACAUACAAGUUGUCUAGCACCAGCUGUACCGCCUUAGGAUGUGCCUUUAGUGGUGCCGGUGAUGCAGGUUCCGUUACCAAUAGUGCUGGUAUCUUAGCUGACAGCGAAAUCAAUGCCAUUUCAUCCUCGUCAAAGAAAGUUAAAAGAUGGUCAGAUAGCACUAUCAACUGUGAUAUAAUGGUCUACAACACCAACAAUUGGGUGGCCUGGCCAAAAGCUUCCGAAAGAGCCACUUUAAAAACGUACUUCAAAGACCAUGCUAUGGGUGGAAGCGCUAUCUGGGCUGGAAACUACCUUGCUCAUUCUGCUUAUACCCCAUAGGUCUUGUACUACCUAGAUACUUCAUAUAUAAUACCCAAAAGCAAUAUAUGCAAUAGAUACUACAUCCAGUUGUGUCAUGAUUCGUGUUUUCGCUCAUCCUCUCGUCUGUAGGGUUCUCAUCGUUUUGAGUUUUGAGUUUUGAGUUUUUGCAGCAACAACCGCUAGAUCGCAUUUUUGGAUUCGCACUUUUUUUAACCUGUAACACUGGCCCAUUGUAAACUACUAAUGUGGAAAUCUAUGUUCACCGCUUCCGUUGCCCUCCUAAAGAUACGCUUCCCGCGUGUUGUGAGCAAAGUAUUGACUCCUUGCGCUCGGACGUAUACCACUGUGUCCAAAAAGAAGAAACCAAUGACAGCCCUUGAUGGAUUCAGAAGGUCUACUAAUAAUCCCGAAUCGAUCCUGAAGAUCCUUAAGCUCGUGACAGCCGAUGUAUACACUGGCACCAACGUUCCAGAACUUUCACAAUAUCUUCGGCCGGUCACUGCGGUCACUAUGAGCGACUCGAUCAAUUUCGUGAAACUCCAGCCCAUUCUACGGGAUUUGAAGUACGAGUUUCAGGAAAUAGUCCCAGACGAAGUGAUAUACGUCAAGUUCAGCGAAGCUACCAGCACCUCCAUGCAGCAGACAGACCUUAUCUCGUCUAAAGAGUCUACCGGCACCGCGGAGAAGAAAGAAUUGAUUAUUCUUUCGAAUGGAACCGUUAUAGGAUGGAACUUUGGCGAACAACAACUCCUAGAAGUGGCUCCCCGGCUAUCAUCUGCGCUUGAUGAGCAAUACGCCUAUGAGAGUGACGAAUUUGACUUCAUCGAACUUGAGCAGCUUCCUCCCAAUCCCAAGAGCAACGGAAACUCGUACAUGAUUAACGAUAUUAUUCUUAUUCAGAAUGUCACCGAAGAAAAGAAGAUCCUAGAUAAGGUGGCCUUCUCGAUCGGAAUGUCUCGUUCGACCAGGGUAUCCAUUUUGGAGGACAAUCUCGAACAGUUUCUUAAAAUCACCAGACGCAACUCAGAUAGACUCUCCAAAGGCCUUCCUGUGACCGCCAGUGAGCACGACGUGCUCCAGCUCACCGGUAAAUUGUUCUUGCUCCGAGGCAAGUUGAAUCUCUAUAACGAGUUGAUUGAUACGCCAGACUUAUACUGGAGUGAGCCUACGCUUGAGAAAAUCUACCAGCAAAUUUCCACCAGUUUGGAUAUCAACUGGCGAAUUUCGAUUUUGAACCGCAAACUCGACUACGCCACAGAUGAACAACGGGCGUUUUUGAGUUUCUUGAACGAACGCAAGGGUACCCGUCUUGAGUGGACAAUUAUCAUCUUAAUCCUCAUCGAAGUGGGAUUUGAAACAUACCGAUUCUGGCAGGACACACGACCAGGGUCUUCUUCGGAAUAAUCGUUGAGGAAGUCUGAUCCAUGUUUCCGGUAGAACCUUCCAGGAAGGAUGGUGCUUGUAAAUAGUCACUUGUAAAUACAUACUGAGCCUUA